CUAAGCCUUAACCCUUUUUCAUGUCCGAAUCUAGAGCUAGGUCAAGAUGACAGACUUCUUACACAAUGCGCCAAUAGUGCUCGACAACGGCUCAGGCACCAUAAGAGCAGGUUUUGCAGGAGAUGAUCUACCAAAAUGCUACUUCCCCUCAUUUGUCGGAAGGCCGAAACACACCAGAGUGCUUGCGGGCGCUCUAGAAGGAGACGUAUUCAUAGGGCAGAGGGCAGCAACGGAACUGCGAGGGUUGCUGAAGAUCCGAUACCCACUGGAACAUGGCAUUGUAACAGAUUGGGACGAUAUGGAGAAGAUCUGGGCGUAUGUGUACGACGAUGGACUGAAGACGUUGAGUGAAGAGGUGAUCCUCUCCCUCUACGCCAGCGGCCGAACAACAGGCGUGGUCCUCGACAACGGUGAUGGUAUCUCCCAUGCCGUCCCAAUAUACCAAGGCUUCACCGUACCUAACAGCAUACGGCGAAUUGAUGUUGCCGGACGAGACAUAACAGAGCACAUGCAGAACUUGCUACGGAAGAGCGGGUAUGUGUUCCAUACUUCUGCGGAGAAGGAAGUGGUUAGGUUGAUCAAGGAGUCUGUCACAUAUAAAGAAUGGGCGGCUGCUAAGAUGGAUCCGGGUAAAAUCGCGGAGUAUACCAUGCCGGAUGGGAAGAAGUUGAAGCUAGGAGUGGAGCGUUUCCGCGCGCCAGAGAUCCUCUUCGAUAACCCUAACCCUAACCCUACGGUCUGUUGGUAGAGUCUCGGACUUGGCAAGUGAUAGACAUGUUGAAGAAUAAAGAAUUGGUCGUAG